CACACACACACACACACACACACACACACACACACACACACACACACACACACACACACACACACACACACACACACACACACACACACACACACACACACACACCGGGAUUCCUCGUGUCCAUAACUCAGGCGCCACCGCCGUGAGCGUGGAGGACGACAGGAGGCGCACCGCACCGCACCGCACCGCGCGCGCCGCGCCGCACAGCAGCGGCUCGACACUGCCACUGCAGCCGCUGCUGCGGAGGACACCGGUGGCUCUCUCCACAUCCCACAUAGAGGAAUGGCUUCGGAUCAGACCUCAUGGGCUCUACUCACGCGCACGAUGCGCCCCUGAACGUCCGCCUGUCCGUGCGCGUCCGCCAGUCUAGCCGCGGAUUGCUGCAUUGCUGUUUUUCCAGGUGUUGUGUGUAUGUGUGUGUGUAUGUGUGUGUGUGCGCGCGCGCGUGUUGUAGACUAGUGUAAUUCUCUUACGGAUCGUUCUGAGCCGAGAACGGAGUCUGAUGUCACAUGUGCUUCAUCGGAGGAGACGGGGCGUCUGCGAGCCGGAUUCUGUGGAGGAUGCUGCGGCAAGUGAUUCACAGAGGGCUCAAGGCUUCCUUCUACUGGCUCGGGCUGUUCGUCAGCAGGCACCCCGUCUUCUUCCUCACCGUGCCCGCCGUGCUCACCAUCAUCUUCGGUUCCACCGUGCUGAGCCGAUUCAAGCCGGAGCGGGACCUGGAGGUGCUGGUGGCCCCGACCCACAGCCUGGCCAAGAUCGAGCGCAGCCUGGCCAACAGCCUGUUCCCCAUCGACCAGUCCAAGCACAAGCUGUACUCGGAUCUGCACACGCCGGGCAGAUACGGCAGGCUGAUCCUGCUGGCCAAGUCCGGGGGGAACAUCUUGGAGCUGGUCGACCAGGUGCUGGAGGUCCACAAGCAGGUGCUGGACCUGCGCGUCAACUACAAGGGGUUCAAUUUCACGUUCGCGCACCUGUGCGUGCUGAGCCACCGGGACAAGCGCUGCCUGCUGGAUGAUAUCAUCAGCAUCUUCGAGGACAUCCGGCAGGCUGUGCUGUCUAACAGCAGCUUCCACAAGGUGCCCCUGAGCUACCCCAACACCACGCUAAAGAACGGCCGAGUGUCCUUCAUCGGGCAUCAGCUGGGUGGCGUGUCCUUCUCGCCCAACAGCCGUGACCAGCAGGUCAAGUUUGCCCGCGCUGUGCAGAUCACCUACUACCUCCGUCAUCAUGGACCGGUGGUGCAGGAUGCCAUUGCAGAGCGCUGGGAGAACGAGUUCUGCGCUCUGGUGAACAGGUUAUCCACGGCUGAAGCUCCACAUGCAACUGACAAGCUCCACAUCCAGUCCCUCACUUCCUUCAGCCUUUGGCGGGACUUCCACCAGACUGGCAUACUGGGCAAAGGGGAGGUCCUGGUCAGCCUGGUCCUGGUGCUCCUGGCUGCUACCAUCUCCAGCUCCAUGAGGGACUGCCUGAGAGGGAAGCCUUUCCUCGGCCUUCUGGGUGUGCUGACCAUCUGCAUUGCUAAUGUGACGGCAGCAGGGAUCUUCUUCAUAUCAGAUGGGAAGUUUAACUCCACACUGCUGGGAAUCCCGUUCUUUGCCAUGGGUCACGGAACCAAAGGUGUGUUUGAGCUGCUGGCGGGUUGGAGGAGAACGAGGGAAAACCUGCCCUUCAAGGAGCGAGUGGCGGAUGCUUUUGCUGAUGUGAUGGUGUGCUACACCAUGACUAGCUCACUCUACAUCAUCACCUUUGGCAUGGGAGCCAGCCCUUUCACCAACAUCGAGUCCGUGAAAAUCUUCUGCCAGAGCAUGUGUGUGGCCAUCCUGGUCAACUACUUCUAUGUGUUUUCUUUCUACGGCUCCUGCCUGGUGUUCGCAGGACAGCUUGAGCAGAAUCGCUACCACAGUGUUUUCUGCUGCAAGAUCCCCUCGGUGGAGUACCUGGACCGCCAGCCCACGUGGUUUAAAACCAUGAUGAGUGACGGCCAUGACCUGUCCACGCAUCAUGAUAGCGUACCGUACCAGAAUCACUUCAUCCAGCACUUCCUACGAGAGCACUACACCGAGUGGAUUACCAAUACUUACGUGAAACCCUUUGUGGUCAUUCUGUAUCUCAUCUAUGCCUCGUUCUCCUUCAUGGGAUGUUUACAAAUAAGUGAUGGAUCAAAUAUAGUGAACCUGCUGGCGAGUAACUCACCAAGUGUUUCGUAUGCAUUCACCCAACAGAAAUACUUCAGUAAUUACAGUCCUGUGAUUGGGUUUUACAUCUACGAACCCAUCGAGUACUGGAACGCUACAGUGCAGGAGCACCUGAAGACGCUGAGUCACGGCUUCAACAAGAUCUCCUGGAUGGACAACUUCUUCCAUUACCUACGAGUGGUAAACGUGAGCGCUUCAACAAAGAGUGACUUCAUCGGUAUUUUAAAAAGUUCUUUCCUGCGCAGCCCGGAGUACCAGCACUUCACCGAAGACAUCAUCUUCUCCAAAAACCGCGAGACAGACGAGUAUGACAUCAUCGCCUCACGGAUGUACUUAGUAGCACGGACGACGGAGAAGAAACGAGAAGAGGUGGUGGAGCUUCUGGAAAAGCUUCGCCCCUUGAUGCUGAUCAACAGUAUCAAGUUCAUUGCCUUCAAUCCCACGUUUGUUUUCAUGGACCGCUACAGCUCGUCCGUCAUCUCACCCAUCCUGACCUCAGGUUUCAGUGUUCUCACCAUCCUCAUCCUCACUUUCUUCCUGGUCAUCAACCCUUUGGGAAACUUCUGGCUCAUCCUCACAGUCACGUCCGUUGAGCUGGGUGUUUUGGGUUUGAUGACCCUCUGGAACGUCGGCAUGGACAGCAUCUCCAUCCUGUGCCUUAUUUACACACUCAACUUUGCCAUGGAUCACUGUGCGCCACACCUGUACACUUUUGUGCUCGCCACAGAGCACACGAGGACGCAGUGCAUCAAGCUGGCACUGGAGGAGCACGGGGCAGCCAUCCUGCAGAACGCUUCGUGCUUUGUGAUCGGGAUCAUGCCUCUUGUGUUUGUGCCUUCCAAUUUGACCUACACGCUGUUCAAGUGUUCUCUGCUCACCGCGGGCUGCACUGUGCUGCACUGCUUCGUCAUCUUACCCGUCUUCCUGACCUUCUUCCCGCCCUCCAAAAAGAGACACAAGAAAAAGAAAAGGGCCAAGAGGAAAGAGCGAGAGCGAGAGAGGGAAAGAGAACGAGAACGGGAAGAGAUAGAAUGCAUAGAGGUCAGGGAGAAUCCUGAUCACGUGACAAACAUUUGAAGAGUUAUUCGUACCUGUAGGCAGGACCCUCCUGUUUCUGGUGGGCUGGAUAGACUCAGAUGCUGAGGCGCCUUGUCAGGUGUAGUCUGAGGUGUCCCCUGAGGAGUGCUCACUCCCAAACUAAAGCAGCUAAGCUGGCCAGAGUCAAGUGCAGCCGCUUUGGUCAGCAGUCAGUGCUUCGGUCCGGACGGUGCAUCUCAUUUGCUCAAAUUAGCAUUCUCAUGGUUCCAAAGCUCGUUCCAACUCCAACCGUUUGGCGUACAAACCAGAUUUUGUGCCAAAAUCUUCUUGCUGAUUCUAAGAAAAAUCCAAAUGCAUUGGUUUAUUUCACUGUUGUCAAUUCUGUGUUCAUCGGGCGUGGUCAGAACUAAGAGAGGGUAACGGAGGCCGUUCGAGCCGAGGACACUCAGACACGAAAGCGGUCAGCUGUAACCACCGUUUUGACACCUUAACCUCUCACACCUGGACAUCAGCAAGAGGAGACUAAACCAAACAGAGUGGAAAAGAGCAGCACGGUGGGCAGAAAGCACACUACACACUGAGCCUGGCAGAUGGCGUACACUGUGUCCAUUAUGAAGAAUUAUCUUUGCACUUUGCGUGGAUGGAGCUGUCACAGUUCCCAGCCGAGAGGGAAGCAUCAUUUCUAAAGUUUGCAGCGUAGUGAUAGAGCUGCCGCGGUGUGCAGCAACCAGAGGCGGAUUUAGUCAGAACACACACAUCGUGUUUCAGACGUCCUUAAAAGUCACGGUCAAGACUACAGAUGAAUCACAGAUAUGCCAACUCAAUUCUUCCUUAUCCCGAAGAAACGUUGUGUUUACUCGUGUGCUGGUUUCUAAUUCAGAAACCUUCAUGUUAGAUGGUCUCUAGUUUUCUGUUUGAUGUUGAAACAACACUAAGCUCCUAAAAGCUCUGAAGACAUUUGUAAAAAAAUAAAAUAACUAAUUUGCUCCUUCUUAUGUCUGAAUGAAACGUUUACCUAAUUUGGACCUUCACAAUGAUGUUUCUUUAAAGCUGAAAUGCUCAGUGUGACCGGAAGGAUUUGGUUCAGGUAGCUGUACUUAAAUAUCGUAUCUAAUCAUUUUAUUAUUAAUUGGCUUGCCAUAGUACCUCGACAGGAAGAUUUUGGCAAUAGGGGUAGUCGCACCACCUGUGAUUGGCAAAUAGGUAGCUAACCUUAAGUAGCAUUAGUAGCUGCUCGUUCUAAUCCUGGUGUAUCUGUGUCUAAACCGGUCGGUGAGUCCGACUGAACACACUCACUCAGAAAAACGGACGUUUUUGCUUGACUGGGGUUGUCACGAGUCUCUUCGAGUCUUCAUCCCGAGGCUGUUAGUGAGUUCGCCUCCGCGUGAAGACCGUUGGCUUCAGAGCUUCCCAAACCCGUUCGUUCCAGAGGAGUGAAACCAUGGAUGUUUCAAGGCUUAUACUUUAUUUACUGUCAGCGUUUUUCUCCAUCAGAUAAAGAAACAACAUCAAAUGACAUCAUUAAACCAUAUAUGAACUCACAAUUGUUACCUUGAUGUUUAAAUGUUGGGUUUGUGACGCCGACUGUUCAGGUGGACUGAACGAUUUAGAGUUAGAUUCCUGUUUUGUUUUACAAAAUAUUUAAAUUUCAUUGAUAUCAUUUGAUUUACUGAUGGGUUUUAAAUCUGUCCCCACACCAAACGCUUGCUCUUCCAUGCGUACUGAGGAUUUGUGUUACUUCUGUGUGUGAAAGGCGCUGAUCAGAGUAAGAAGACGUUGCUCCAUAAAGCCCUAAGUAGAAUAACAAAGCCAAAAUAUCCUUUUUUUUUAUUAGCCACCUAAAAACAGAUUUUUUUUUUUAUUCUGCGAACCGGUGGAGACCAAAUAAAAAAAUAGGCUAAAUGGAAAACUCUGAUAAGGCAGAGCCGCCACUUGAAUGGUUUUCUUUUGUGAAAAGCAAAAAGAAAAGUGGAAGCCCAGCUGCCCUCCUCAGAUAAAUGUGAAAUCACAAUCAUGUUGACAUCAUGCUGGCAGGACGCAGAGACAGGCAGAUGCUAGCGCUAACGAUUAGCCACUGUUACCUAAGACGGUCAUUUCUUAUCUUUAGGUCAAACAUUUAAGGAUCGUUUUAAUUUUGCUUUAGGAAAUCUUGGUUUUUUCCCAUAUUUAGCUCAUUUAUAAUGAUUAAGAAUUCAUUUUUGUGACUAAUGGUUAAACAUUUAAUUAAACCAUGGACGUAAUUUUGGGGGGGGACAGGGGGGACAUGUCCCCCCCACUUUUUCCAAAGUCAAGUUUUGACCCCUUCACUUUUUACCAUCCAAAAUCAAUAUUACACUAUAUUAAAUUGACACUGGUUGAGCUCUAGGACCAAGCAGAAAACAACCAUUUGUGUUGAAGCCUGCUUCCCAUGAGAACAUACUGUAAAGAUACCCCCCAGCCCCGUGUCCCCCCCACUUCUAAAGUGAAAAUUACGUCCAUGAAUUAAACUCAAGAAGGCUAAUAAAAAAAAAACACAGGCUGUCGAACCCAAACUAACCUGUAGAUGGAGUCGACACUUUAGCUUUCAACAGCCUGAUUGGACAGAUUUGGCCAUGAGGGGAUGUCCCAGUAAGGAUAUCCAGACCAGAGUUAUUUCAGAUGAAGUUUUUACCUAAACGGAGUCUGAAUCCAACACCUGUCUCAUUUAGCUUCCCAAGAGCACAAAAUACAUUCAAAUGAAUAACACAGAAAGGUUUUGAGGAUGAGGAGGAGGUUUAUCUACACACAUCUCAUGAGUUUGUCUGGCUUUUCCGGCGAGCAGAUGCGUCGUAAUCACCAUUCUGUUUUCCAAACCACAGUCGCUGCUUGUAAACACCUUUUAUCGACCUGUGGUUGGUAUUUGUCAAAUAUUCCUGCAAACUGAACUAAAUCAGCCAGUGAUGUUUUAAAAGCAGACCAGAUUUAUAAAUGGUGUCCUGAACGGUGUUUAUAACUUCAGCAGCAAACUGCAACUGAAGGCUGCUCGAUGCAGUGUUCUGAAGCGUUUUAAUGACCUGACUGAUGCAGGAAGGCAACUUUUGACUCCUAAUUCAUUUACAGUUGAUUAUUUUGUGUUAAAGGAAUUAGAAUUAACGUGAAAGUGAGAUUUUAAAGAUUGUUCUCACGAACUUUUCCUCGGUUGUUGAACCUGCCUCCUGCAGCCCAGCAGGAAGCCACAGGUCAACAGCAGAGCUUUGAUCUGUAGCCCGUUACUGCCCCCUGCAGGCCCGGCGCUGCUCUUCAGAACUCCUACAUUUCUUUUCACAAACACUAAACGUUACUUGGUCCUACAGGGUAAACACUAUUCUACUCUUCUGCGUUGACCUGACCUCUGAUGCAGUCGCAGAAGAACAACACGAUGGUCAGCAUCCCCAUCAGACUCGAGUCUCACGCUGCACUUUGGCAGGCAGGCAGGCAGGUCUGCGCUGCGCUGAUGAGGCUGAUAAUCGGCUCAUCAGGAUCGUACAGGGACUCGCUGUCGUUGAGAGAAAACUGCUCUUCUGUUUUUUUUUUGCUGCUCCCACAGGAAGUCAGUGUGGCGGAUUUCACACUGAAGCUAAUUUCAGUCUGAGAAUAGAGAGCUGAUGUUUUGUGAUGAUCCACUAAAUACCAAAACGCUGUGUUUUGGAUUAGCUUUAGCAAGUUCUAGCUAAACACGCGAGAGCAACAACUGGAACAAACGCCGUGUUUGUGGAGUUUGACGCUGUAGGUGUUGAAAUCUCACUGAUACUGUCACUUUCAUCCACGCUGAAGCGAGGCGUUUUUGCAGCUUCGUCCUGCAGCAGAGGAAGUCGGUGUCACAUCAUGUAAAAGCCAUGUCAUGAAUGUAUAGCCAGAGGCAUGAAACUUCGAAGUACGGAAACGAAAAUCCAAUCAUAAACAAUUUACUUCCCAGAAACAGACUGUGUUCGCAUGGCAUUACGUCACAGGAAUGCAUGUAUUUAUUAUUUCUGUAUGAAGUUUCUGUAUCUUUGUUUUGACUUUGCUGAGAUGUGGUGACUUCUGUUUGCUGUUAAAAUGCAUAUGCUGAAACAUCGUGUGCUGCAAAAGAUCACAAACGAGUCGUGUGGGCUUCAAAACAAAAGCCAGAGAAUAUUUCGUGAGUAAAAAAAACCUGUAAAUCGGUCUUUUUUUAUGUUUUCUAAGAAAAAAAGAUAGAGAGUUUUUAUGAGAAUUUUCUUAAAAAAGAACAAAAAAGGAAGAAAAAAAAAGCUGAACAGAGUAGGCCAGUAAUAAAGGUGGAAUGUUACACUA